AUGCCGGAGGUAUUGGUGCUGACUAGCGACACUUUCGAAGGGUUCUGCGAGAAAAAUGGGAUCAUGCAUCUCAAAACAGCACCGUUCCAUCCCCAAAGCAACGGACAGGCGGAGCGCUUCGUUGACACCUUUAAAAGGAUGAUCAAGAAAAUUCAGGCCGGAGGGGAAGACCUAGACGAAGCACUCGACACAUUCCUUAUGUGCUACCGUUCGACACCCUGUCGUUGUGCGCCUGGAUGGAAGUCACCUGCCGAAGCCUUACUUGGUCGAUCCAUACGCACUUCGUUGGAACUUCUUCGCCCACCAAGCAACUUCACCAAGAUGAACAACAGCAAGAAAGACCGUCAAUUCAACGCGAAGCAUGGUGCGAAGGAGAAGAGCUUCUAG